AUGCCGCUCGAGGAUGCACGGAACCAGACACUCGGACGGCCUGUGGAAGGCACCUUCAUUAACCCUUCUGCCGGUAUAAAAGACCGGCCGUUCCGACUGCGAGGUGUAGUCUUCGCGUUCGGGCGUGUGAAAGUCAACAUGAAGGUCCUCGCCGCCGUGCUCUUCCUCGCCGCCGCCGCCUCCGCCAGGAUGGCCUACCAGCUCUCGGACGGCUUCCUCGACGUCCUGGGCGGCGAGCCUCAGCAGGUCUUCUCCUGCGACAACCGCGCCUACGGCUACUACGCCGACGUCGCCAACGGCUGCAGGAUCUUCCACGUGUGCCUGCCUGUGACGGACGAGCUCGGGGGCUUCGUCGAGACCGCCCACUUCUCCUUCUUCUGCGGCAACCAGACCGUGUUCAGCCAGGAGUCCCUCACCUGCGGCCACCCCGAGGAGGCCUUCCCCUGCGACCAGGCCGAGUCCCUCUACGACGCCUCCAACGCCGACUUCGGCAAGAUCCCUGAGCAAGGCGGGAUCGACGUCCGAGUGGCUUGAGCGACGCGGAGGACGCCCUUCGUCGGAUGUCCUUUCGGGUCCUGCAUCGCGGCUGCCGGAGACUCCACCAUCUCCUUCUCUCUCGCCUCUCCAUCAGUUCGAUACCGUCUAAUGCGAAAUGGCUCGGUGUCGAAAAUAUCCUCUUCAGGUUUCGAAAAGGUCUUUUUGAUUCAGCCAUAGGUGUCGAAAAUAUUCUUUUGGACAUCGGCACUUCAUUUUUUUGUUGUUAUUUGUUGUCGUUUGAGGAUAUUUGAAAGCUGAAGGAAAUUCAUUUGAUGUCAGCGUGUGACAUUUCAGGUCAGUAGGUAUAUUGUAAGUAAACUAGGAUGAAAUACAUACUUUAUUCAAAGUUUUA